AUUUCGAGGGAAAAUAUAAGCACAUAUUUCUCUUUUCUCAUGAAAAAAACUUGGAUUCUUUCUCAAUGUAGGUCACAUCUCGAAAUUUUGACCCUGUCCUACUUGACGCAAGUAAAUGUUCCCGCUUAUGCAUAUUGAAUGGAUCUUUAUAAAUAACGAUAGGAAAUGGAGAACACAAUUAUCUUUGAUUUCAGAACUGACAUUAAAACCAGUAAAAGAUGUCUCAUUCAGUGACGAUUAGAACGCAAACAGUGACGAGCAGCUCGUCCACGAUUGUCGUCAAUACCGGUUACUUGAAAACUUGGAGCGGUAUUUUAAAGUUGUUACAAUUGGCACUGGGCAUAGUUUGCGUAGGAAUUGCUGGUCAUGAAUUUAGUAACAAUUUAAUUUAUCGAAAUACCGCAGAGCUUUUCUUUCUUCUUAUAACGACUACUUUCAUGAUUGGCACUUUCAUCCUUCUUCUCAGUUGUUUGACAUCUUUCUCUACUGCAUCUAUUAUGUCGAAGACUAUCUAUGAACUUCUUUAUCAUUCCAUUGCAUUUGGAUUGGUACUUGCGGCCUCAUUGACACUCUUGGUACACGUCAAUAAUUAUAAACGUUACAGUAGUUAUGAGCUGUUAUUAGGUGCCUCCAUUUGCGGCCUGGUAAACGCGGGUUUAUAUCUCUUCAGCACAAUCAUCGCUCUUCGUACUUAUAGAGGGAUUUAAGUACAGGAAUCAAAUUAUGCGGUUGUUACUAAAAAGUGAAAACAGAUUUCUCAUAUACAAGUUGCAAGCACGAAAACAUUUUAUAAGUAAAACAUAUUUUAGUAAUUGUAUAACAAAUUUUGACUGC